UCUGCGCAUGCGUACUGCAAACCCGGAAGCGCUGCAUUAAAAACAACGAAAGUCAGCGUCAAAAUAAUCCCGUCUUUCCAUGUUUUCUUCUGCGUUUUCUUUUGAUAUUUAGCUCCAUCUUGGGCCUCCGAAUGAUGACCAUCGUUUAGUCAAUGCUGCCGUAGUGAGAAGCCGACACUGUUAAGCGGGCUUUCGUUUGCAAAAGGAAAGAUGCCAGCUCGUAGUGUCGUGUCCCACGGCGUCCCCGCCACUAACGUGAAGUACUCCAGGUUAGCCACUCAUGACGACGGCUACAUUGAUUUACAGUUCAAACGGAGUCCACCCAAAGUGCCGUACAAGGCCAUCGCACUCGCCACGGUCCUGUUCUUAAUCGGCUCGCUGUUGAUCGUCAUCGGCUCGCUUCUCCUGACUGGAUACUUUGGAGUCACCGACAACGACCGCUCCAUUCCCGUCCUGGUCAUAGGAGUCCUUGUUUUUCUUCCUGGAAUUUACCACUUGCGAAUUGCUUAUUACGCAUGGAAAGGAUACCCGGGAUACUCCUACGAUGACAUUCCAGACUUUGAUGACUAAAUUGUGAAGCGGAAUGAAGCCCUCAAAUUUCAGUGGAGGCUAGAAUUGAAGUAGCUUUUAAAAAUAUAUAUCUAUAUCUAUAUGCUUAUUGUUCUCUUGCUGAUAUGAAGAAAAUAUUUUGUUUUGUAGUCAAUUAAAAC